UGUCGCCAUCGCCAGUGGGCUGCAAACGCCCGUCGUGCCCAGGAGCGUCGUCAUGCCGAAAUUGUCGACGACCCUCACAAGGAUUGCAGAUCCCGCACAACUACAGCAGGUGAUCGCCCGCGCGACGGCAGCGGAGAAUAUUGCUCUGCGCGUCUUGCAUGGAUGGGUCUUCAAGUCCGGGAACCGUCCCCGAGGAUUCAAUGUCGCUUUCCAGUACGCGCUGGAGUCGGUGGCGACGGACAUUGCGGGCGUCAUGUGGUACGGCGAGGAGUGGAGCAACGUCGUUAGCGCGGCAGUUUGCGCGCACACAAUCGACCUGAACAUGGACUUGCCAUUGUGGUUUGCGGGCGCGAACAUCGAGGACAGGCUGGAGGACGAUGACAUGGCGGCACACCAGCAGGCGACCUUUAUAUGCAUCGCGCAUGCAUUUCGCGCCGCGGUACAAAUGGGUGGCAUCGUCGACGGCGGGUUCAUCUCGCACGAUCGUCUGUCUAGAAUUGCAGAUUGCUUCAGACGUUUCUUGGCUGCCUGCAUGUGGUUGAUGCGCAUGGCGGGAGACGAUCCGCGCAGCCACUUCGAAGCCUUUCACUUCGCGAAGCUGGUCGUGAAGCCCACGCUCGUCGCGUCCAUGCAUCGCGCCUUCGAUCGUCGACGGUCCGUCAUCCGAGCCACGAACGCCGUCACGGAGAGACUAGGGAAGGCGAACGCCACACUCGGAGAGUACCCGAAGUACAUCCCCGACUGGGCUUCCUGCGACAUCGUCUUCGGGCACGAUGCGACCAAAACGGGGCCAGAGGACGCGAAGAGGAGGGAUUAGUUGGGUUCGGGCCCCUUGGAGGACGACGACGACGACGAUGGAAAAGAGGACACGUAGGGGGGAGGUUGGGUGGGAGAGGGUGUUGCUGGUGCUGACACGUGCAGCGUGGGAGAGGGUACGCGAACGGGUCUCGUGUUCCGGCGUGGGUAGGGGAAGCGGAGAGGGGGCAGCGCUUCGCGGCGUCGGAGACGC